CAGAAAAUCAAAAGCCUCUGCUUCAUUUGAGCUACAAUGGCGGAAACAGCGAACAAAUGCAAAGGCCACGUCGUGAUAUUACCUUACCCAGUUCAAGGCCACCUUAACCCUAUGGUUCAAUUCGCUAAACGUCUCGUCUCCAAAGGCGUCAAAGUCACAAUCGCCACCACUACCUACACCGCCUCCUCCAUCUCCACUCCAUUAGUCUCCGUCGAACCAAUCUCCGACGGAUUCGACUUCAUCCCCAUAGCUAUUCCCGGUUUCAGCAUCGACACCUACUCGGAAUCCUUCAAGCUUCACGGCUCCGAAACCCUAACCCGCGUGAUCGAGAAACUCAAAUCCACCGAUUCCCCAGUCGAUUCCUUGGUCUACGACUCGUUUCUUCCGUGGGGACUCGACGUCGCCAGAUCUAACUCGAUCUCAGCUUCUGCUUUCUUCACCAACAACCUCACCGUCUGCUCUGUGCUCCGUAAAUUCUCCACCGGAGGUUUUCCUCUCCCCGCAGAUCCCGAUUCGGCGCCGUUUUUAGUCCGUGGCUUGCCGACGCUGAGCUACGACGAGCUGCCUUCCUUCGUCGGACGCCACUGGCUGAGCCACGCGGAGCAUGGGAAGGUUCUUCUGAAUCAGUUCCCUAACCAUGAAAACGCCGAUUGGCUUUUCGUCAACGGCUUCCACGGCUUGGAAACACAAGAUUGUGGAAUUGGAGAAUCAGAGGCAAUGAAGGCAACUUUGAUCGGACCGAUGAUUCCUUCGGCAUACCUCGACGAGCGGAUAAUAGACGAUGAAGGCUAUGGCUCGAGCUUAAUGAAACCACUCUCAGAGGAAUGUAUGGAGUGGCUCGCCACUAAGCCAACACAGUCAGUAGCGUUUGUUUCGUUUGGUUCCUUUGGGAUCCUCUUUGAGAAGCAGCUCGCUGAGAUAGCAAUUGCUCUGCAAGAAUCGAACUUGAACUUCAUUUGGGUGAUCAAAGAAGCUCAUAUCACGAAAUUGCCUGAAGGGUUUGUGGAAUCGACCAAAGACAGAGCCUUGCUGGUUUCUUGGUGUAACCAGCUUGAGGUUUUAGCACAUGAAUCUAUAGGUUGCUUUUUGACACACUGUGGUUGGAACUCGACUUUGGAAGGGUUGAGUUUGGGGGUUCCUAUGGUCGGUGUGCCGCAGUGGAGUGAUCAGAUGUGUGAUGCUAAGUUCGUGGAGGAAGUUUGGAAAGUUGGGUUUAGAGCGAAGGAGAAAGGUGGGGAAGGAGUUGUGAAGAGCGAGGAGGUGGUUAGGUGUUUGAAAGGAGUGAUGGAAGGAGAGAGUAGUGUGAAGAUUAGAGAGAGUUCUAAGAAGUGGAGAGAUUUGGCUGUGAAGGCAAUGAGGGAAGGAGGAAGCUCUGAUCGGAGCAUUAACGAGUUUGUGGAGAGUUUAGGGAAGGAAACAUUGAGGUAAUGAUAUUGGGAUUUGUAAAUCACGGAAUGUAAUUUUUGUGUUUUGUUGUUGUUUAAGAGCAUUUCAGUAAUGAAGAAACCAAUUGUGAGUUUGAUGUAGUAUGUCAAAUAAAACCACGCAAUACAUUAAAAACGUUGAUAAUGAUAGACUUUUCUCUC